AAAGAACAUUUGUAGUGUUGGAAUCAUCAUUUUUUCUGUGAAUAAUUUUCAAUUGAUUGAUUGAUUGGUAGAUCGAUCUCCUACUUCCUGUGUGUGUUGAUUUUUUUCAAGAAAACUUUGUGAAUUUUUCGAAAAUCAUUAUGGCUCAUAAUAAUAGCAUUCAUAUUGAUGAUUCGGAUACGUCAUCAUCGACUAAUGAUUCACAAACCACUACUAUCGCUAAUUGUGAUAAUAUAGUAAAUCGUAACUAUAAUAACAGAAGGAUUCAGCAAAAUUUACCAAUCGCAACAUUAGAUGUCCACAAAGGUGAAAUUAUUCGUUUACAGGUGAAAGUAAUGGUUCCAAUUGAUGAUCAUCCAAAUUAUAAUUUUGUUGGCAAAUUACUUGGACCAAAAGGAAAUUCGCUGAAAUGGUUACAGGAAAAAACGCAGACAAAGAUGGCCAUUUUCGGUCGAGGAUCAAUGAAAAAUAAACAAAAAGAACAAGAACUAAGAGAAACGAAUGAUCCAAAAUAUUCACAUCUGAAUGAAAAUCUACAUGUGGAAAUAACAGCUAUUGCAUCGGCACCUGAAGCCUAUCAACGUAUCAGCCAAGCAUUGUUCGAGAUUAAACGAUUUCUAGUACCGGACUAUUUCGAUGAUAUACGACAACAACAACUGCGAGAAUUGGGUGUCAUUUCUGACGAUCAUCAUCCACAGACAUCUAAAAUUAAAGUGGAUUCCAAUUCAUCAACAGUAUCGCCAUGUAAUUAUCUUCAACAUUAUGAUGAAAUCGAUGCAAUUACCAUCGAUAAUCACCAUAAUCUCUGUCAUGAUAAUUCCCUAACAAAUUUUAAUAAAAAUAUGAUCAAACCAGAUAGAAAAUGUUCAUCAACAUCAUCGAUACUUGACUCAUCCACAAUUCAAAGCCAUCCACAUCAUGGUCAUCAGCACCACCUCCAACAACAAGCUAAUGAACAGUUGCAAGAUAAUUUUCUAAUCAUGAAUAACUAUCAUAUUGAUGAUUUAAUAACACUUAAAAAUGGUAAAAGACUGAUUGUCGACUCGAAUAAUGGCCAUUUAAAAUCAUCCAGAAAACUUUACCAUCAUUAUGGUGUUGGCUGUGCAAAUGAUAAACAAUCCACCAAUGCAACAAAACGUUCGAUAAUGAUGAAGCCAUAUUAUCGAAGCGAAACGACAUUUAUCAAUAAAUUCCAAUGAAAUUAAAAUAAUAAUUUUAUUAAUAAGAUAAUGAAACAAUUUGGGAGAAAAAACAAUCAUUUGUGGUGUGGAGAAUAUUGGAAAAAAUGAUAAAUUU